AUGAAUGGUGAAGAAUGGACACUGGAAACUGGAGCCAGGUCACAGAAUUCAUCAUCCUGGGCUUCCCUAAUCUCCAGGGUGUACAGACUUACCUCUUUUCCUUGUUGCUUGUCAUUUACCUCAUUACCAUACUGGGAAACCUGCUGAUAUUCUUGGUGGUCUACCUGGACUCCCGGCUCCACACACCCAUGUACCGUUUUGUCAGCAUUCUCUCCUUUCUGGAGCUGGGCUAUACAGCUGCCACUAUYCCCAAGAUGCUGGCAAACUUGCUCAGUGAGAAGAAGACCAUUUCAUUCUCCGGAUGCCUCCUACAGAUCUAUUUCUUUCACUCCCUUGGAGCUACUGAGUGCUACCUCCUGACGGCUAUGGCUUAUGAUAGGUACUUGGCCAUAUGCAAGCCCCUCCACUAUCCUACCCUCAUGACCCAAACCCUGUGCACCAAGGUUGCUCUUGGCUGUUGGUUGGGAGGCUUGGCUGGGCCAGUGGCCGAGAUUUCCCUGGUUUCUCGCCUCCCUUUCUGUGGCCCCAAUCACAUUCAACAUAUCUUUUGUGAUUUUCCUCCUGUACUGAGUUUGGCUUGCACGGACACCUCCAUCAAUGUCCUGGUGGAUUUUGUGAUAAACUCCUGCAAGAUCCUGGCCACCUUUCUGCUGAUCCUCAGCUCCUAUGUACAGAUCAUCUGCACUGUGCUCAGGAUUCCCUCAGCCGCUGGGAAGAGGAAGGCCUUCUCCACGUGUGCCUCGCACCUCACCGUGGUCCUCRUCUUCUAUGGGAGCAUCCUCUUCAUGUAUGUGCGGCUGAAGAAGAGCUACUCGUUGGACUAUGACCGCGCCCUGGCGGUGGUCUACUCAGUGAUCACCCCUUUCCUCAACCCCUUCAUCUAUAGCUUACGCAACAAGGAGAUCAAGGAGGCCCUGAAGAGGCAGAUGAGGAGAGUAGGGAACUUGAGGUGA